AAAUGGGUAGAAGUUGACUCACGGUUGGUUUGGUAAAUCCUAUGCAUUCUUUCGCUUUAGACCGACACAUGUUCUAUGCAUGUCAAAACCGAAGGCCACCUGACAGACUGGAACAGUAAGGAAGCUUAAUUGCUUUGACAAUUUUACCAAAUACGUUUUUAAUGAAAGUCAAUUGCACUUUUGAGAUCGUGUCGCCUGUUCGGGUGUCUAGACGGAGAAUGAAAAGACCCAUGCCUGAAAUGAAAAGGGCGAGGAGGCCCGACGUGAAACUGGUUAUAUUGGGGGACAUGAACGUUGGGAAGACCUCUCUGUUACACAGGUACAUGGAUAAACAGUUCAAUGAUACCAUUAGUACCGUCGGCGGUGCGUUCUACUUAAAGCAGUGGGGACCCUACAACAUAUCGCUUUGGGACACCGCAGGUCGGGAGCAGUUCCACGGGCUCGGCUCCAUGUACUGCCGGGGCGCGUCCGCUGUCAUCCUUACCUACGACGUGACCAACUGGCAGAGCCUGGCCGAGCUGGAGGAGCGCUUCCUGUCUCUCACCGACACAACCAAUCACGACUGCAUCUACGCCGUGGUGGGCAACAAGGCUGACCUUACUGACCCCCCCAAUGUGGAAGAAGACUAUGAGGGGGGUUACCCUGUCCACACACCGCACUAUGCCUGCCACCUCAUCCCUCCAGCCUCCCCUACUACGGUCUCCCCCGUGGCCAACCGAGAGGUUCGAAAGGAGGACGCCGUGGCGCUCUACCAGCGUAUCCUCCGGUACAAGGCGCUGGAUGAGUGUGUGAGCCCGCCUGCAGAGAGGAUGUGCUUUGAGACGAGCGCCAAGACGGGUGCCAAUGUGGAUGAGUUGUUCGAGACGCUGUUCGAAUUGGUGCUGCCGUCCAUCCUGAGGAUGAGGUCGGAGAGCGAGGCCUCACCCACCAUUGACCUGGAGGACUAUGGGCCGGUGUCCAGCAAGCAAACCAAGGGGGGCUGCUGCUGAACGGUGUAGGGUGAAGUAGCCCCAAUAUGCUGAUCUUGGGUCUAUUUUGCAUUUUCCCCACAAAUGGGUAAGGUUAGGAUUGUGGGAGGGGAAGCUGAUCCUAGAUCUGUACCUUGGGGAACGUUUACCCCAAAGCCUGCUGAAGACGACAAGGAAGUAGUCUUGGGGAGAAUCUCAAUUGUAUACUCCUCGCCUCUUCUCUCCUAGUAUUCUUCUCAUAACCCAUUGGAUGAGAAAGCCAGAGGUCCCUUCCCUCUGACCAUCUCCAAACCUAUUGGAGGAGCUGGAGAGAGGAUGCGAGGAGUAUGCAAUUGAGAAUCUUCCCUGGAGUUAGGGGUUGGUAUUCACAGACGUACACAUACGUACACAUACGUACACCCACAUUGUUUCUACUUUAAUACAGAAGGAUUACUCAUCAAGUGAGCUCAACUGCUCAGCUAGGCCAGGUUACCGAACAGGCACUGGGCAUGUGCCCCCGGGCCCCUAACCCAUGUUUUUGUUGCAUAUGAUACCAAAAUGUGUAGAAUUGUAGGUUUAAAACUGCAAAAUGAUCUUAACCUCAUGGCAAAAUGUGAACAAAAUGAGAUGCAUUAUAAAAUACCAAUAAAACAAAAAAUCUGCCCAAUGGCAAAAGUGUAGAAUUGUAGGAAAUUGGCUUUAAAACUGUAUUUGUCAAAAUUUGCUCUUAGCCUGAUGACAAAAUGUGUAGAAUAGCAUUAGAAAACUUCACUUUUUUCUCUCUGCACCAUGGCAAAAUUUGCUAAUUCUGUAAGUAAAUCCAGUAGUCCGGCACUGCUGUUCAGAUUUGAUGGUUUCAAACUAAAAAGGAAAUGUCACUUUUUUUCAAUGUUUUUUAGUCAAUUCUGAUCUUGGGGAGUUUUUGGACUGAGUUGCACAAAAAUGUCACUUCUGAGCUGUUUGUCCUUGAUAGAAAAAUGUAGUUUCACUUGAUUUUUGUGGCAUUUGCCAUU